AGAUUUGGCGGGAGGGGGAGUGUCCACAGCUCUUUGUUUGAUGGCAUCUCUGUUUACAGAGUUUACACUUUAAUAUCAACCUGUUUCCUCCUCCUCCUUCUCCUCCUCCUCCGCGCCCUCCUCCUCCUCCUCCUCCUCUUUCUCCUGAGAAACUUCGCCCGGCCGGUGCGGAGCGCGCUGCGCAGCCGGGGAGGGACGCAGGCAGGCGGCGGGCGGCGGAGGCGUCAGCCCGUGCGCUCCCCGCGGCUCCCGACGGAGCCCGCGCCCGCCGCGCCAUGGCACGGAGACCCCGGUCCAGCAUAUACAGUAGUGACGAGGAUGAUGAAGACAUUGAGAUGUGUGAUCAUGACUAUGAUGGACUACUUCCCAAGUCUGGAAAGCGUCAUAUGGGGAAAACUAGGUGGACCAGGGAAGAGGAUGAAAAACUAAAGAAACUGGUGGAGCAGAAUGGAACAGAUGACUGGAAAGUUAUUGCCAAUUAUCUUCCGAAUCGAACAGAUGUGCAGUGCCAGCACCGAUGGCAGAAAGUACUAAACCCUGAGCUCAUCAAGGGUCCUUGGACCAAAGAAGAGGAUCAGAGAGUGAUAGAGCUUGUACAGAAAUACGGUCCGAAACGUUGGUCUGUUAUUGCCAAGCACUUAAAGGGGAGAAUUGGAAAACAAUGUAGGGAGAGGUGGCAUAAUCACUUGAAUCCAGAAGUUAAGAAAACCUCCUGGACAGAAGAGGAAGACAGAAUUAUUUACCAGGCACACAAGAGGCUGGGGAACAGAUGGGCAGAAAUCGCAAAGCUACUGCCUGGACGAACUGAUAAUGCUAUCAAGAACCACUGGAAUUCUACAAUGCGUCGGAAGGUCGAGCAGGAAGGUUAUCUGCAGGAGUGUUCCAAAGCCAGUCAGCCAACAGUGGCCACAAGUUUUCAGAAGAAUAGUCAUUUGAUGGGUUUUGCUCACACUCCGCCUUCAACUCACCUCCCUCCAGCUGGGCAGCCCUCCGUAAACAAUGACUAUUCCUAUUACCACAUUUCCGAAGCUCAAAAUGUCCCAGGUCCUGUUCCGUAUCCUGUAGCCUUACAUGUAAAUAUAGUCAACGUCCCUCAGCCAGCGGCUGCGGCCAUUCAGAGACACUAUAAUGAUGAAGACCCUGAGAAAGAAAAGCGAAUAAAGGAAUUAGAGUUGCUCCUAAUGUCGACUGAGAACGAGCUUAAAGGACAGCAGGCGCUAUCAACACAGAACCACACAUGCAGCUACCCCGGGUGGCACAGCACCACCAGUGCCGACCACACCAGACCCCAUGGGGACAGCGCACCUGUUUCCUGUGUGGGAGAACACCACUCCACUCCGUCUCUGCCACUGGAGCCUGGCUCCCUACCUGAAGAAAGUGCCUCUCCAGCCAGAUGCAUGAUCGUCCACCAGGGCACCAUUCUGGAUAAUGUUAAGAACCUCUUAGAAUUUGCAGAAACACUCCAAUUUAUAGAUUCUGAUCCUUCAGCACGGUGUGAUCUCAGCAGUUUUGAAUUCUUUGAAGAAGCAGAUUUUGCACCUAGCCAACAUCAUGCAGGCAAAGUCCUCCUGCUUCAGCAAAGAGAGGGCCAUGUGACUAGUCCUGCAGGAGAGCCUAGCACCAGGUUGAAAAAGCGCAGGCUGAGUGAGGGUCCGUGUGACCCACCCACGCCCUUCCCUCCUGCAAGGCAGAGCACAGUUCCACUGGUCAUCCUGCGAAAAAAGCAGGGGCAGCUCAGCCCCGUAGCCACUGGACAUGCUAGCUCCUUCAUAUUUGCUGACGUCAGCAAUUCAACUCCCAAGUGUUCCCCUGUCAAAAGCCUACCCUUCUCUCCCUCGCAGUUCUUAAACACUUCCAGUAACCAUGAAAGCUUAGACUUGGAAACACCUUCUUUAACUUCCACCCCUCUCAAUGGUCACAAAUUGACUGUUACAACACCAUUUCAUAGAGACCAGACUGUGAAAACGCAAAAGGAAAAUACUAUUUUUAGAACUCCAGCUGUCAAAAGGUCAAUCCUAGAAAGCUCUCCAAGAACUCCUACACCAUUCAAACAUGCACUGGCAGCUCAAGAAAUUAAAUAUGGUCCCCUGAAGAUGCUACCUCAGACCCCAUCUCAUCUAGUAGAAGACCUACAGGAUGUGAUCAAACAGGAAUCCGAUGAAUCUGGGAUUGUUGCUGAAUUUCAAGAAAACGGACCGCCCUUACUGAAGAAAAUCAAACAAGAGGUGGAAUCUCCAACUGAUAAAGCGGGAAAUUUCUUUUGCUCAAACCACUGGGAAGGGGAGAGUCUGAAUGCCCAGCUGUUCGCGCAGGCAUCGCCUGUAGCAGAUGUACCAAAUAUUCUUACAAGUUCCGUUUUAAUGACGCCAGUAUCAGAAGAUGAAGACAAUGUUCUCAAAGCAUUUACAGCACCUAAAAACAGGUCCCUGCCUUGCAGCGGUGCCUGGGAACCUGCAUCCUGCGGGAAGACGGAGGACCAGGUCACGGCUUCCGGUCCGGCUCGGAAAUACGUGAAUGCCUUCUCCACCCGGACGCUGGUCAUGUGACAGCUGCCGGACAAGCAUUAUGGUUUUCAGAACACUUCACCUUGACUUGAGAUAUUUCAUUCCUCUACAUGAAACUUUUCAUGCAUGGGAGAAGAGACUAUUUUUGUUGUGGUACAACAGUUGAGAGCAGCACAAAGUGCAUUUAGUUAGACGAAAUCUUAUUGGAUUUCACCCAACUAAAAGGAUUUUUUAAAAAAUAAAUAACAGUCUUACCUAAAUUAUUAGGUAAUGAAUUGUAAUCAGUUGUUAGUAUCUUAAUGCAGAUUUUUUUAAAAAACAUAAACUGAUUUUUCUGUAAUUUAGAGUAUCCAACAUACCAGUAUUUUCUCCUUGGGAUGAGUUCUUUGAAAUUUUUCAUGAUGAAAGGUACUCCAAUAUUUCACUUUUCUCAAUCACUAAACACAAUAAAGACAUUGAUUAAAAAAGAAAUCAGUACAAGCAUUACUUUAAAUGUUGGCUUAACACCAUGUGACAAUAAAUCAAGAUUGUAAAUGCUCAUUUAUGGUUAAUAAUGUUGGAGGUACAUUUAUUGUACUAAACCAUCUUAUGAGUUUUUUGUUAGCUUGCUUGAAAAUUAUUACUGUAUGAAAUAGUUUUAUAAAAAAUUAUAUUUUUAUUCAGUAAUUUAAUUUUGUAAAUGCCAAAUGAAAACUGUUUUGCUGCUAUAUGGUCUUAGCCUGUAGAAUGCUGCUAGAAUCAGAGGGGCAGUAGAGCUUUGGACGGAAAGAAAACAAACUUGGUGUUAGGUAAUUGUGCACUAGUAUUUCAGACAUUUUUAUUUUUUAUAUAUACACAUACUUUUUUUUUCCUUUUGUAAUACAUUGGAAAACUUGUUUGGGAGAUUUUUGCAUUCAUUGUUUUUGUAACUGUUGGUUUAUGAGAGUACGCAUUGCACUUCUACUUUGGGAGAUCUGUGUUGUCGAUGUCGUGUGUUUUGUUUUGCGUUCAGCCUGACUGUUCGUUCACUCUGGGGUCGUGUGUGUGAUCAGCAGCCCCUCGGUUUCCAAGCGUCGGGUCUCAGAACUGCCGCGCGGAGCUUGUGUCUGCAGCUGGGAAGACCGAAGCCCGGAGUCAAGAGCCAGCUGCUGCCUUAAGAAUAUUUGGUGCCAGAUGGCCGGCACUGAACUUUUGAUAUGACAGUGUAUUUACUGCCUUGUAGAAAAAUAAAGCUGUGUUCUUAUUUUACAUA